AUGAUAAUACUGAUCUGUGCGGCAUUCGGUCUCUGGGCGUGGUGUCGAAGGAAUGGUAACACGGAUGAACCUCCAAUCUGUCCCGGAAGUCUACCUUUAAUAGGUCAUGCACAUUUACUAUGCGGCGACAGUGUGCAACUGUGGAAUACUUUUAAAGAGUUCUCCAAUGAAAGUUUUAAAGCAGGUGGAGUGAUGUCUUUAUCUAUUGGUCCAAGAACCGUUUAUGUGAUAUCUGAUCCAGAGGACUUCUUGACUGUAGCCAACACUUGUUUAGAAAAAGAUAGUUUUUAUGAAUUUGGGAAAGAAUGGAUAGGGGAGGGUCUGGUGACUGGGACUGUUCCUAUAUGGAAAGAACACCGUAAACUGCUAAACCCUGCGUUCAGUCAAGUGGUACUCGAUGGUUUCUUAGAUGUGUUUAACAAACAAGCUCGACGUUUAGUUAAAGAUUUGGAAAAAGAAGUUGGGAAGGGUCCUUUCGAUCACUUUGUGUACACACGACAUAAUGCUUUGGAAACUAUAUGUUUGACAGCAUUAGGUGUUGAUUUCACUGAUAAGACAAUACUAAACAGCCAAUAUGUAAAUGCUGUAGAGCAAAUGUUCAACGUACUUGUGGACAGGUUCCAGAAGUUGUGGCUACACAAUCAUUUCAUCUACAGUUUUAAAAAAGAGAAAGCAGACUAUUUAAAUAAAAAUAACCCAAAGAAGGUAGAAAAGAUGCAAGGGCUAAAGUUCAAGCCAUUCAUGGAUCUACUCUUAGAGCUAGCAAUAGAGAAAGGAGCGUUCAAUGAUCGUGAGAUUAGAGAACACGUUGACACCAUGAUUACAGUCGGUCAUGAUACGUCAGCGAGUGUUCUCAUGUACAGUAUGUUGUUGGUUGGUUCCUAUCCACACGUGCAAGAGAGAAUAUUUGAAGAG